AUGAUGAACUUGCUCGCACUGCAACAUAUACUUAUUGUCCAGCAGCAGCAGCAGGCAGAUGAUCAUGUCAUAGCUGUAAAACUGAUCAGACGGCGAAGGAGAAGAAGGGCAAGGUUAAGAAGAUGCUGGGUUAGACCAUGGCUCGGUGAUGUCCGAAGAGAACAGUUUGGCCACUUCAACCGCCUCAUGCCUGAGCUGAGGCGAGAAGAUCCGGCAUCGUUCCAGAAUUUCCUUAGGGUUCAACCAGAAAUGUUUGAUGAGCUGCUCACCAGGCUUGGCCCACGAAUCACCAAGCAGGAUACAAACUACAGGAAAGCCAUCAACCCAGGGACGAAGCUGGCAGUCACCCUACCCCACCUAGCGUCUGGUGACAUGUACUCCAGCAUGGAAUUCGACUUCCGACUCCUAGCAUAUACAUUGUCUCUUGUCGUGAAGGAAGUAUGUCAGGCCAUAGUAGGCGAGUACAAGGAUGAGGUGAUGAAGUGCCCUAUCACUCCUGGGGAAUGGACAACAGUAGCCGAGAAGUUCGAGCGCCGCUGGAACGUCCCUCACGCGUGUGGUGCGCUUGAUGGAAAACACGUUGCCAUUAGAAAGCCAGCAAACAGUGGGAGCCUGUACCACAACUACAAGGGAUUCUUCUCCAUCGUGUUAAUGGCACUAGUAGAUGCUGAUUACAACUUUUUGUGGAUACACGUGGGGGGAGAUGGCUACAUGUCAGAUGCCAUGAUCUACAACGACUCCGAACUGAAAGAGUGCCUCUGUAACGGUUCCAUAGGUUUUCCAGUUCCUGCACCUCUGCCAUACGACAACCGGGAUACGCCAUACUUCCUCCUUGGCGACGAUGCCUUUGGUCUCCGGACUUACAUGAUGAAGCCCUACGCAGCGCGCAACCUGACGAAGGAACAGCGAAUAUACAACUACCGCAUCUCUCGAGGCCGAAGAAUAGUCGAAAAUGCCUUUGGCAUUCUGGCACAGCGUUGGCAGGUUCUACUAGGGACAAUGCAACAGCAACCUGAGACAGCAAGGCUCAUUGUGGAGGCUUGUGUUUGCCUCCACAACUUGAUGAGAACGCGCUACCCGACCCUACAGAACGGAGCUCUCGACCACGAGGACGUCAACCACCAAGUUGUCCUAGGUUCGUGGAGGAACAACGCGAAUAUGCACGACGUGGACCGAGCUAAAGGCGCUAACAAAGACAGCACUGCUGCGAAAAAGCAACGUGAAUAUUUAAAGUUUUAA